CAAGUACUCCUUUUCUUUUUGCGAAUACAGACUAACACAGCUGCUACUCUGAAACCUUAAAAUCUUGAGAUUCUGGAGGCAGGCCUGCAAUGUCCCACAAAGCCUGUGUGAUUAGAUGCUGACAGAUAUUUGGCUGUGUGUGUGUGUGUUCCCUGUGAGUGCUGCCCCAGUCCUGUGCAGACAGCUGGCACGAUAAACCUUGUGCGAACCGCCCAAUGCCCACAAGAUUCAUUAAGGGACGAAGGCACCCAGCCAGGCUUAUUGUUGACAAAGCACGGUACUAGUAUCCGGCAGACUCUACCGGACCACUAAAUACAUGUAUGCCUGUAACAAUGGAGCAGCUCAGUGAAUGGCGGGACUUUCCGUUCCUCCUUAGGCUAGACAAAGAUACUCCCUCUGAGAUGCAUCUUUAUAUUCUGAUACAAACAAGUUAGUACUGCCCAUUUGAAAUAGAUAGUUAUGGCUCCCUGACGUGGGUAGUUAUCACAUAUCAAGUACACAUUGGUUGGAUCAAAAUGUUUUUAUUACGUACUCUCUCCCUGACCUUAUCUUUUAGGAGGGGUCAGUGUGUUCCUGUUAUCCUUGGGGAAUGUUUUUGUAGCAUUCUUGAUAUCGGGAUGUUCUGGUACCACUGAUAUCGGGAUGUGUUUGCAGUUAAAUUGGAAGAGGUAGUUGCAGAUAUUUGUGAUGAGAUGGGUAGUGGUAUCACUUAUUCAUCAAGAAAAGAGAGAAAAAGGCACAGGCAAAAGUUGGAAGAGGAGGGGGAGUCUAAAAGUGAAGAUGACAGACACAGAAGGAAAAAGAAGAAGAAGAAACAGAACUCUGAACAUCUUUCUUGUAAGGAAGAGGACUCUGUAAAUGUUCAAGAUUCUUGGAAAAAGUCCAAGAAAAGAAAAAGAAAAGAAGAGGUGAAUGGAAGAAAUGGUAUCACAGGAGGUAAGGAGGACAGUGGUCUUAAUGAGUCCAAAAAGCUUAAAAAAAAGUUGGAGGGGGAGAAAGAGCUGGAGCAAGAAAGAAAGGAUGCUAAGCAGAGAAAGACAAGGGCAGUUAGAGGAAAGACUGUUUUAGAAAAGGCCAACGACAGUUUCCUUCUGAGUCCUAGUAAAAGUAGCACAGUAAAAAACAUUGCAGCCCAGUCCAGCAAAAAGAGAGGGGGAAUUUUAGAUUGUGAUUCCUCCAGCACAUCAUCUGACAGUGUAAUGGAUAUGAAACAAAAUAAAUCCUCAAUUAAACCUGUGGCAGCAACCCUACACAGAGACAAAUCCCAACUUGUUGCAAAUUCUGCUAUAAAAACUGUUACUGCUAGUAAAGUUACUGCCAAGUCUAAAGAUGAAAAUUCCCCUAAGACUGCAAUUAGUAAAAAAGCUAAACCCCAGUCCUCGAGUUCAGAUUCUGACUCUAGUAUGGAGGAGGAGGAGCAAAGCAGUAACUCAAAGAGAAAAUUGCUGCCUAAAAAUCCACCAAUUGUGAACAUUAUGUCAAAGUCCCCCAAGGCAAAGACAUCCUCUUCAAAGUCUGAUAGUUCAGAUUCAGAGACAUUUGUUAUUAAAAAGCCCAUAGCAAAUGUUGGCUUCAAUAAAUCCAUUGUAAGAAAUGGUGAUAAACAGUUGCCAACUAGCAAUCAAGGACCAGCUGUAAACCCUAGCAGUUUUGGAAGGGGACUUGGAAGAGGAGAGGAUAACUUCUUCUGGAGAGGAAAUAGGGGCCGUGGGUGUCGUGGGAUGAUCCGAGGCCGGGGCCGGGGCCGAAGUCGAAGCCGAGGAGAAAGCAAUAGCUUCUUCUUCAACUACAGCCGUGAAAGCCAGAAAGAGCAGCAGUUAAAUGAAGCAGCAACAAACACUUCAGUUGUUAUCCAGAAUCCAGUGGAAGUCCCAAAGAGGGAAUAUAGUGUACUACCUCUAUUAGCUGCCCCUCCACAAGUAGGGGAAAAAAUUGCCUUUAAGCUUUUGGAAUUAACUGACAAUUACACUCCAGAAGUAUCUGACUACAAGGAGGGAAAAAUAAUCAGUUGGAAUGCUGAUAACAAACAGCUAGAGCUUGAGAUUCUUUCAUCUUCAGCAGUGGUGAAAGAGCCAGGAAAGUUUGAUCUGGUGUACGAGUCUGCAGAUGGAGCUGAAGUGAUAGAAUAUGCUGUUUCUCAGGAUACGAAGAUAACUGAAAGCUGGGGUGCGCUGAUUGAACCAAGACUGAUUGUUGAACCUUCUCCUACUAAUGAAUCGACCACCGAGAACAUAAAACUCUAAGAUGUGAACUCAUUUUCCAUAUGUGUAAAUAGUUGUAUGGACUCACUGUUUUGUGAAGUACUUUCUUUUGGUUUUGAAGACAGCAAAUGCACUGGAUGUUUUUUAAUAAAUAAUUUAAAAAUGAAA